AUGACCAUCAGGUCUCAUCAUGGCUGUGCUCGAUGCAAGAGCAGACGUCAGAAGUGCGAUGAGACCAAGCCAAGUUGUGGCCGAUGCCUGUCUAACGGCGCUCAAUGCGAAUAUAAAAUUGUGCUGAAAUGGAACGGUCGGACACCUCGAGUGCCCUCGGGAAGCAGAAAUGCUUCGAAUCGGUUCCGGAGCCGCAGCAAGUCGAAAACACCACCCACUAUUGCCCGUAACGAGUUAGUGAUUCAAGCCGUCGAACCUGGCUUUUCGUUGUGUGAGCAUCCUCAACGAUCGCUUCAGCCUUUGGAGCUGGUGCCGGCCUCAAGCCGCCAGCUGUUGCAUCAUUUCACUGAGAAAGCCUCCAUGAUAUCUUCUCAUCCUCACAUUCGCGACCUCAUCUGCUCUCAAAUAAUUCCAUAUGCCCUUCAAACGCCGUCCUUGUUAUACGCUACCAUGGCUUUGUCUGCAAUCAAUCGACAUUCACUGUCAGACUCAUAUUCAACGGAGAAAUUUGCGCUGCAGCCUGAAACAGCCGAACUAAUAGCUCUGAGCGUCAGACAUCUACGACAAGAAGUGAAUGAGUUGAAGGGAGAAGCCAGGUCCACGAUUAUCCACACGAUUCGAAUGCUCUGUACCUGUGAAAUAUUCUCUGGAAAAGCCGAUUCAUCGUGGCGUGUUCAUGUCGAAGGUGCCAAAGCCAUCAUGGAAUUGGGCUUACAAGGAGGACGUCCACAGGAGGUCCAGUACGCUUCAGGACCCGAUAAAUGGCUGGCUUCCCGGUGGUUCUUGUCUAUCGAAGCAUUGACAUCAUUGACAGAACGUGGGUUACGAAAUAGUGAAGCUGAACAAAGCACGGCACGUUUCGGUCCAAAAACAGCCUUCGGUGAGGACGGCUUGUUCGAUCCGGACUUCUACUACGAUGUAUAUGGUGGAUAUUCUUCAGAUUUAAACCGAGUUUUCAGAAGGAUCGGCUCUGCGGCAUUGGAACGCAGACGCCUUCAGGACAACAUGCUUCCGUCUGAGUCUGCCCUUGGAGAAGAAGCCACUUUUUUGGAACAGUCCAUUCACUUCAUGAGAAAGCGUGAUCAGGACAACGGCUUAAGAAUACCGCCUGAGUUGCGACUACGAGACGGGGAUCUUCAUCAACUCGCAGCUUGUAACGAAGCUUACAUGUUCACGGCUCUGAUCCAUGUUCAUCGGAGGGUACGAGGGCUGCCGCAUCAUGCAGAACAAGUUCAGAGCUGCGUCAAAGCUAUCAUUGCCGCGGCGAUGAGCAUUUUGCCAGUUCGAGAAUUGAGUCCGUGGGUUCUAUUAACCACACCACUGUUCACUGCAGGGUAA